CUUUUGUUACAAUGUAUAUUUAAACCUAAUGACUUUUUUAUUGUUAUAUAUAUGCGAUGUACGAAAAAAAAUUAACGGUAGUUCGUUUGUGCAUUUCAAGAAUGAUGGUCAAUUUAUUUACGAAAACGAUUUAUUGGCUUAAAAUUAAAGCGGGAUUUGCAAAAAAAGAAAUUCAAAAUGACAGAGAAAUGGCUCCAAAUCUGUUAGGAAAUUCGUCUUCAAUGUACCAACAAACCUCUGGAGAGCCAGUUCAAAUUAUCAGUACCAAAGAGAACAUCCAGAAGAGUUACCAACCUUACCAGCCACCUACCAAAAGAGCCAGAAGGCGUGGCCCGCAUUAUGAAUGGGAUAUCGUCUGGAGGAAUGUUUUGAUAUUCAUAUUGCUACAUGGCAUUGGAGUGUAUGCAAUAUAUCUAGUUUUAACGGGGAAAAUUAUGAUUAAAACAGUUUUGUUCAAUAUAUUAUUCGCAUCGUUUUCGGCCCUCGGUGUGACGGCAGGAGCACAUCGAUUAUGGGCACACAGAACCUACAAAGCCAAAGGGCCGCUUAGAGUACUGCUGAUGAUCUGUCACACGGCCGCUCUUCAGAACGACAUCUACGAAUGGGUGAGAGAUCACAGGGUGCACCACAAAUUUACCGAUUCGGAUGCGGAUCCCCAUAACGCGAGUCGAGGAUUCUUUUUUUCACAUAUCGGCUGGCUGUUGAUCAAGAAACAUAAGGACGUCAUUGCUAAAGGAAAGACGGUCGAUAUGAGCGAUAUUGAAGCCGAUCCUGUUGUUAUGUGGCAGAAAAAGUACUACGUCUUGUUGGUAACUAUGUUGACAUUCAUGCUACCAGCGCUCAUCCCAUGGUUGUACUGGAGAGAAGCCUACAUCAUGUCUUGGUAUAUGACCAUCCUCAGAUACACUUUGUCUUUGAAUAUUACAUGGCUCGUCAACAGCGCCGCACACAUUUGGGGAACUAAACCAUACGACGGAACAAUAAACCCGACAGAAAACUUGUACGUCUCCGCCUUGGGCUUCGGCGAAGGUUGGCACAACUACCACCACACUUUCCCGUGGGACUACAAAGCAGCAGAACUUGGAGACUACAAAAUGAACUUCACCACAGCCAUUUUGGACUUUAUGGCGUACAUAGGCCAAGCGUACGAUCUAAAAACGGCCUCUGCUGAGAUGGUAAAGAAGAGAGUAUCGCGGACGGGUGAUGGAAGUUGGAAUAACGGCACCCUUGAGGGAACCGUUAACGAAGAACCUAAAGAAGAGAAAUCUAACCAUCAUCAUCAUCAUCUCGAAGAUUGUGUGUGGGGUUGGGGUGAUAAAGACAUGCCCGAGGAUGAAAUUAGAGAUGUUAGAAUUUUUAAUAAUUUAAAAGAAGAUUAAGUUAGUCUAAUAAAAACUGUGAUUGUUUUUUUAUAUGUUAUAAUAAUAUGAUGGAGUAGGGGUAAUUUAAUUAACUGCUCUUGAUGUUACUGCAACAUGGUUGUCUUAAAUCAAGUACCUAAUAAUUGGGGUAAUAGUUGCAGUGGCAGUUGCAAUCUACAAAUUUUUAAUUGCAUAUUACCCACUAUCAUUAUGGGCAGUUAACAAAUAACGAUAAGGAAAUCACAUUAAAUUAUAAAAACGGAAAAAUAACGAAAAAAAAGUUUUUCAGACUGUUUAUUGUUUUCAAAUUGCAAUGUAAUUAAAAUUCAAAUAAAAAAAAUAAAAAUUCCUAAUAAACUGCAGUACAUACACUGGAUUGACAUAGACAAAUAUUUCUUUUUAAAAGCUAUUCACUUUUCAUCCGAUGAAAUAAAUUUUCAAAAUAUCUUCUGAACAUCUUCUAAACAUCUUUUAAACAUCUUCAAAACAUCUUCUAAAUAUCUUCUAAACAUCUUCUAAACAUCUUCUAAACAUCUUCUAAACAUCUUCUAAACAUCUUCUAAACAUCUUCUAAACAUCUUCUAAACAUCUUCUAAACAUCUUCUAAAUAUCUUCUAAACAUCUUCUAAACAUCUUCUAAACAUCUUCUAAACAUCUUCUAAACAUCUUCUAAACAUCUUCUAAACAUCUUCUAAACAUCUUCUAAACAUCUUCUAAACAUCUUCUAAACAUCUUCUAAACAUCUUCUAAACAUCUUCUAAACAUCGUCUAAACAAACGUCUUCAAAACAAAUCGCAAUAAAUACUGAAAAGCCAUUUUUCUUACACAUAUAAUUAUUUAAUAAAUUCGAAGCUUUAAAUUUGUGAUUGAGGUUGUUGACCUUCCAAAAAAUUAUAUUGACUUAUAUACAUUAUGUAUGAAAGCCUAGUCCACGUUCAAUCAUUAGAUUGCGACGUUAAAUGAGAAAUUUCGCCAUGAAAAGGUAUUUAGAUUUCAAUGUAGAAUAAUUUUAUUGAUAAUUGAUGAAAAAAAAAAAAAAUUGAAUUACCUAUAACUACUAUGAUGUAAAAAUCUUAUUUAGAUUUUUGUUUCUGUUAAAUCCUGGUUGUUCAUUUUUGUAUAUAAAAUUGUGGCAUUUCUCACAACUACAUAGUUGGAUAAUAUUAUUCGAUUAUUUUAUGAUUGGC